GUCGGACCGGAGGCCGUCUGGUCUCUGAUCUGCUCUCAGGAGUCACCGGAGACUCGCUGCGCACCGCCGGCGCCAGGCUGUGCACCUCUCGGAUCACACCCGAGCCACCACGAGCUCUGGCGAUGGACAUGAUGGAAGGAGACGUUAUGGACAAGCUGGAAGACACGUCAUCGGUGUACGACUUCGACCCGAUCACCGGCAACAUUCCCGCCACCAAAGUGGAGAUCACCGUCUCCUGUAGAAAUCUGCUGGAUAAAGACACAUUCUCAAAGUCAGAUCCAAUGUGCGUGCUCUAUACACAAGGUGUUGAAACCAAACAGUGGAGAGAGUUUGGCAGAACAGAGGUGAUAGACAACACUCUCAACCCUGACUUUGUUAGAAAGUACAUCUUGGACUACUUUUUUGAGGAGAAGCAGAACCUCCGCUUUGACUUGUAUGAUGUUGACUCCAAAAGUCCAGAUCUGUCCAAACACGACUUUUUGGGUCAGAUGUUCUGUACUCUUGGCGAGAUUGUUGGAUCACCAGCCAGUCGACUGGAGAAACCACUGGGAGGGAUUCCAGGAAAGAAAUGUGGCACUAUUAUCCUGACUGCAGAGGAGCUGAGCAACUGUCGAGAUAGUGCCACUAUGCAGUUUUGUGCCAACAAGCUGGACAAAAAGGACUUCUUUGGCAAGUCGGACCCUUUCAUGGUUUUCUACAGAAGCAACGAGGAUGGAACGUUUACUAUCUGCCACAAAACAGAGGUGGUGAAGAACACAUUAAAUCCAGUGUGGCAGCCUUUCACCAUCCCAGUACGAGCACUCUGCAAUGGAGAUUAUGACAGAACAAUCAAGGUGGAGGUGUAUGACUGGGAUAGGGAUGGCAGCCAUGAUUUCAUUGGGGACUUUACCACCAGCUACCGAGAGCUAGCUCGAGGGCAGAGCCAGUUCAAUGUGUAUGAGGUAAUUAAUACCAAAAAGAAAAUGAAGAAAAAGAAAUAUGUCAACUCUGGAACAGUGACCCUGCUUUCCUUCUCAGUGGAGUCGGAGUUCACAUUCUUAGAUUACAUCAAAGGAGGGACGCAGAUCAAUUUCACUGUGGCCAUUGAUUUCACAGCAUCUAAUGGUAACCCCUCCCAGUCCACUUCACUGCACUACAUGAACCCCUACCAGCUGAAUGCUUACGCCAUGGCCUUGAAAGCUGUUGGGGAGAUCAUUCAGGACUAUGACAGUGACAAGAUGUUCCCCGCUCUAGGCUUUGGUGCCAAACUGCCGCCCGAUUGGCGGGUGUCACACGAGUUCCCACUGAAUGGAAAUAUUGAAAAUCCGUACUGCAAUGGUAUUGAAGGCAUCUUAGAGGCAUACCAUCAGAGUCUGAAAACAGUGCAGCUGUAUGGGCCAACUAACUUUGCUCCUGUGGUGAACCAUGUUGCCAGAUAUGCGGCGGCAGUGCAGGACGGCUCUCAGUAUUUUGUGCUCCUCAUCAUCACAGACGGUGUCAUUUCAGACAUGGCCCAGACCAAAGAGGCGAUUGUAAACGGUGCCAAGCUUCCUAUGUCAAUCAUCAUAGUUGGAGUGGGUCAGGCUGAGUUUGACGCUAUGGUGGAACUGGAUGGUGAUGACAUCAGGAUCUCAUCCCGAGGGAAACUAGCAGAGCGAGACAUAGUUCAGUUUGUUCCUUUCAGAGAUUAUAUGGACCGGACAGGUAACCAUGUGUUAAGCAUGGCACGGCUUGCUAAAGAUGUGCUAGCAGAGAUCCCUGACCAGUUCAUCUCUUACAUGAAGAGCCGGGGGAUCAAACCCAACCCGGCGCCACCUCCAUACACACCACCAGGACACACACAUCACCACACUCAGAUCUGAGGCUGUCCUCUUUGGCUUUUCACUGAGGACUGACACUAAGCAGCAGCUUCUCAGAGUCCAGUGGGAACUCUCUGCCUCCUGUUUUUGUUUGUUUUUUGGUGCAAAUGGGAGAAGGGGCACCAUGAAACGGGUGUUGAAUUUUGUGCUGUACCUCCAAUGACUAUUGGAGUAAUACUUUUUGUUUUCCUGUAAUUUAUUCCUCUGUUUGGUUUCUCUUGAAGAGAGACUACAACCCUUUCAGGACUCGUGGGUAAAAGCCUUUGAGGCAGUGACUGUUUCAUGUCAAAUAUGACAGCAGGUUGGUUAAAAACGAUCAUGUUGUGGUUAAAACUUGUGCCUGUUUGUGGUUGUUUCUCUAAGUGUAUCAGGACACGUGAACUUUAAACUAAACCUUGCUCGUCAGUCACUGGUGUGGCCUAAUACGGUGAUAUUUUUAGGCACCUUUUCCCUUCUGGAACAAGUUUUUAUAUUUGGGAUCAUUUCUGUAUCUGCUGAUGCAACCAUUAUGAAGGAGGAAAAACUGCAAGAGUGUCGUUUACAGUUUAUUACCUUGAAGAUUAAUCAGGCUUGUCAUACCAUGACGUGUCACCUCCUGUCCUUCAGAGAUUUGUUGAGUAAAUGUUUAUAAGAGCAUGUCAUAUAAGAGUUUAAGACACAUAUUCCAGUAUUUAUUCUCAAAUGUUAUUCGGAGUGGCAUGGACCUUUGAUAGACUGUUUAAAUAUCAUUAAAAUGUAUCCAUUUUGAAAUGGUCAACAAUUAUUUUU